GAAUAUUGUUAUAAGUAUUCUCUUGUUCUGGCAUUGCUUAUCUGUCUUUGUUUUUCCCUUUCUAUUCUUUCCUCUCCAAAGCAAACCCUCCAAUCCCAUCUGUCUCUUUCCUUCCUCUCCCUCUCUCCCAUUAAAACCAUCAAUUUUUGAGACUCCAUUUCAGAGUGUUAGAGAGAGAAAGCUCAGCGUAAUCAUGGGGCACAUGCACAUUGUGCCGUAGAGGAUUUGGCUUUGAGGAAGAGAGACAAGAUGCGCAGGUGGCUUUGUUGUACCUGUCAAGUAGAAGAAUCGUAUCCAUCACGAGAUGAUGAGCAACAAAGAAGCCCAAAGCACCACACAGAUGGUAACCCCAUGAAAGGAUCAAAGGUAUCAGCUCCAGUCAAAGCUGAAGUGCAGAAGGAAGCGCCUCCAAUUGAAGUGCCUGCAUUGUCUAUAGAUGAACUGAAAGAGAAGACUGACAAUUUUGGUUCAAAGGCAUUGAUAGGUGAAGGAUCGUAUGGAAGAGUCUAUUAUGCUAACUUAGAUAAUGGGAAAGCUGUGGCAGUAAAAAAACUUGAUGUUGCAUCUGAGCAAGAGUCAAAUAUUGAAUUUUUGACUCAGGUUUCCAUGGUGUCCAAAUUGAAGAAUGAGAAUGUGGUUGAGUUGCUUGGUUACUGUGUUGAAGGAAAUCUUCGGGUGCUUGCCUAUGAGUUUGCAACAAUGGGAUCUCUACAUGACAUAUUGCAUGGUAGAAAGGGAGUUCAAGGGGCACAACCGGGUCCUACUCUUGAUUGGAUGCAGCGUGUGAGAAUUGCAGUUGAUGCGGCAAGGGGAUUGGAAUAUUUGCAUGAGAAGGUACAACCGGCUAUAAUACACAGAGAUAUCAGAUCAAGCAAUGUGCUUCUAUUUGAGGACUUCAAAGCCAAGAUUGCAGAUUUUAAUCUUUCAAAUCAGGCUCCUGACAUGGCUGCUCGCCUUCAUUCUACUCGUGUUUUGGGAACCUUUGGUUAUCAUGCUCCAGAAUAUGCGAUGACUGGACAAUUGACACAGAAGAGUGAUGUUUAUAGUUUUGGGGUGGUUCUCCUGGAACUUUUAACUGGGAGGAAACCUGUUGAUCACACAAUGCCGCGUGGACAGCAGUCCCUUGUCACUUGGGCAACUCCAAGACUGAGUGAGGACAAAGUUAAGCAAUGUGUGGAUCCAAAGUUGAAGGGAGAGUAUCCUCCUAAAGGAGUGGCCAAGCUGGCAGCUGUGGCUGCAUUAUGCGUGCAAUAUGAAGCUGAGUUCAGGCCAAAUAUGAGCAUCGUUGUGAAGGCACUCCAACCGCUUUUGAAGGCUCCAGCUCCGGCUCCAGCUCCUCCUCCUCCUGAGAGCUAAAGCAAAAGAGUUUUACGGUUUACCUUGAGUUGGAAAAUCCACAAGUUAUGCACAGUUUGGCUACUUUGCUUGAGAAUCUUCUUCUAAAUAUAUUUUUGGGUUGUUGGUAAAAAGAGGAUUGGAUGUGGUAGGUUGGGAUUGGGCUGUUUAAUAUCACUGAUCUUGUGUGUUGAAUGCUGAUUCUUUCUAGAGUCAUAAAAUGAUUUGGGAUUGGGUUUGUGCAGGUGGAGAUAAUUACUAUUUGUUUGUUUUCAAUGGAUCCCAUAUGAUGAUCUAUUUAUCUAUAGUGUUUCUAUUUCUCUCUCC